UCCAACAAUACCGGCAAGGCCGUUUGACAGCCAGUAAAAGCCACAACUUUUAACAAGAACAAAUCAACAAUCGAAAGAACAUUUUAUAGUUGGCCUCCAUUUUAUUUAAGGAUUUGCUUUUUACACCCAAAUAUGCACGUAUUUUUUUUUCAUUAUUUGAUUUUUAGACAGCAUGCAUUAUUAUUGAUGCCAAAAAAACUUAUGGUGACAUAUUCAUCCCUAUUGAUUCUCUAAGUUAGUACGCAAGUGCAGUAGUCAUGGUGAUGGUUGAAACAUACACAACAAUUCUCAAACAGAGCAACGACAGGUUAAAUGAGAAAGAAAAAAAAACCUGUAAUUGAAGACCGGAGGACGCACGUCAGGCUACUCCGCGUGGCGAAAACCUGUAGAGUUUUUCAGUUGAAGCGUACUACUGUCCGUGGGAAUUUCGCAAUAAAGUGACUCGUAUUUCUGAAAUUUCGUUUGCUUCAUCCAACUGGUAUCAUGGAUAUAGUUGUUAAUAAAGCAGUGUGGAUGUGUUUUUGCCUUUUGUAUCAGGAGCUGUAUCAUAUUUGAGAAUAUGAUACGCAAAGCGAUGGACACUAUCCCGAAUUGGGCUAAAAUAAAUCCAGGAUAAGACAUUUGCUCUAUGGGGUGUGGUUCCAGCCGAAGACUCCAAGCGGUCACACCAAUCCACAACACAUUCCCCCACAACAAAGACAUGGUGCUACCAGGGGCUUGGAUGACCCACAACAAGAAGCCUUCACCAGUCUCGGCCAAUGCUUCAGCACAAACGGAUGACAGUUCGAGGAUGUCAGACAAUGUCCAAACGGACCUUGAACUCACUCCUAUUAUGUGCUGGGACACAAGAGACGUCGAAACUCAGACACCCGUAGAGCUCUUAGACGAUGGAUUCGAUAGCCUGGAUCGGAUACUAGCCAAAGCAGAUCAGUUUUUAAGGUUACCAACCACAAAACAGUUUCACAUACCACAGCAAUACGUGACGGACGUUGCAGAUGCUUCAGUCCAAACGACUAUUAAUAGGACAGAAGUGUCUACGCAAACAGAGGUGAUGUCAUCUCUGGAGAGUGAGGAUAAAGGGGAAAAAGAAACUGAUAGUUUAGAUUCUAUUUUUAGUGAUACCUUUACUAAAAAAGAAAAAGAGCAUAAUAGUAAUGAAAUGCCAUCGAAAACGUUUUCCAUUGAAUCUCAAACAGAACCAAUGAGUAAGGCGAAAGCAGCAAAUACAGCCGACAGUGCAGCAGCUGGAGUUUUAUACAUGAAUGAACUUUUAUCUCCAUUUGCACAUUUAGAAAAAGAAUUAGCUGAGCCCCUCUUUGAGGUUCGCUCGAACUAUUCACAAAAAGCAUCGAAUGACGCAGCCCACGACAGCAUCACCAAACUGCUACUAGACGUUGAGGAUAGUCUCAAUAAGCAUGCCAUUCUGGAUUAUGCCUUGAAAACAACACUGAGAGAGAUCGGCGUGCAGACGGACAACGAUCCCAUAACAGAUGAGGCACCAGAAUACGCUGCCAGGCCACCCCCUUGCAAGAAACAGGAGAUGAUACCAGACAUGAAUGUUUUUGAAGAGGUUGACAGGCAUGCUAUCGAGGCACCAGAAUCAGCAAAAUCUUCCCUUCGAAAUCUGGUGAAUUACUUGUCUGCUGCGGCAGAAACUGAGCUUCUCAAAGUGCGAGCCUUUUUUAGGUGGAUUUCUAAUAACAUUACUUAUGAUUGGAAAUACAUGGAUGUGAAACUAAGUGCAGAUCAAGUACUACAACAAGGGGAAGGAGUAUGUAAAGAUUAUUGUAAACUCUUCGGUGAAAUGUGCAAAUUAGCAAACAUACGAGUAAAGCGAGUACAUGGAUUUGCGAAAGGAUUCGAUUAUAGACCUGGUCAUCAAUUCCAUCCUGGUGAAGACAUUACUCACGCUUGGAACGCUGUUUUUAUUUUUGGAGCAUGGCGUCUCAUAGAUGUAACCUGGGGUACAGGGUAUACUGACCAUACAGGUAAAUUCCAACACAAAUUAAAUGAGCAUUUCUUUCUUACUGAUCCAGAAGUCUUGAUCUGGACCCAUUUCCCCUACAGUGAAAUGGAAAACAACUACUCCAGAUGGCAGCUUCUUGACAAGCCACUUAAACUGGACGAGUUCAAUGCCUUGCCAAAAGUCACUCCAUUCUUUUUCGAUUACAAUCUCAGGAUACGAUCCCGUCCUCAAAAUCCUGUUGUAUUCCGUGUCCAGACGGAACUGAAAUUGACAGCCCACAAGCCUACAAGGUACAAGUACAAACUGUAUUCGGUCGAAGACAGGGAAAACGGGGCUCUCAACAACUACGUCUUCUGCCAACUGAAGGAAGAUCGACUUCUCGGAUCAUUUGCCAUCGCUCCGCCCACGGAAGGAAUGUACUACUUCAAGGUGUACGCAAGACCUGAGUGGCAAAUGUACGAAGAUACGACCCUAAGGAAUGUAGCCAUUUUCUUGUUGGAGUGCGUGAAGGCGAAGAAGCACGUCAACCCGUACCCACUUCACGACGUUCCUUGGGGACCUGCCCAGUCCUUCUUCGACUUCAAAAUGAAACUUGUCAAUCAGAUUGGUCCAGUCAUCGUCACGUGGGGAGGAAAGAGAAAACUCACCAUCGAAACAGCAGAAGUCAUGCUCAUUACGCAACAGUUGUUUGAUGCGAAUGGCAAGGAGAUGGAUACCAGAGGGAUCAUCAACAGAGAGGACUCCGAUACCCGAAUCUCCUUUACGAUCACUCCUCCAAGGAUAGGUUUCUACAAGCUGCUUAUCUUUGGCAUCCCCAAACCAAAAGUAAAAGGAAAAUGGCGACUCCCCCUGCUCGCUUCUUUCCUCAUAGACUGCAAAAUCACCAAGAACCCUGCAGACGACGAUCCUUACAAUUCCAACAAGAAGGGCGCCAAGAAGAAGAAAAUGAGAAUACCACAUGUCAGGUGAAGGAGUCACCAUUUUAAAGUGGAAGUGAAGCGAUCACCCAUCGUUUCGCCAAAUAACUGGCUUCAAUUGUCGCCAGAUUAGAAAUGCUUGGAUCGUGGCCAGAUUCACAAACAUUUCAACUUUGUUUGGAAUUAUGAAGUGAUUCAUGGGGUUAAACUUUAUUGAUAUCGAUUUUCGAAGCAACUAGUCAAAAAUAGAUACAACUUUUGAACACAAGUGAUCUAUUAUUAAUUCCAAAAUGUAAUAAUUCAAUAACAUUGUAGUAAUUAUCAGGAAAAAAUAUUCGAUGCUUGUUUCAUUUUUUUCCUUCUAAAUUUUCGAACCACCUGUAAGUGUACAAGUUUUUUAUUUAUUUAUUUAUUUUAUAGCCGUUUUCAACUAAAAUUUUACCCUUUUAUGUGAAACAAAUGAAUUAAACGCUUUCAUAGGGUAUCUAGACUUAAUCGGUAGUAUUUUAAUAACUCAUACAAUUUAAAUACCAACCUUUUAUUGAAAAUAAUUACACAUUAAACAUGAGUUGAAAAUAGUAAAAAAAUACGAAAAUAAAUUAUUACAUUAAAAGUUACUAGAAAUAAAAAAAAAUCCCUUGUAAUUCUAUUUAAGUUUAAAACAUUAAAAAGUUCUACUCAAUUUUCAAGUAACAAAGGAACGUAUUUAAGUAAUCUUGAAUCUAAAUAUGUAAGACCUUAUAAUUUAACAAAGAUUAUUUAACGUAGCAUAAUAAAUCAUUAGACAUAUUGAAAGUUAAACGCAAUUUAUAAGACUUUAAUUUCAGUUAAAUCUGACCGAAUUCAACUAUAAUGUGUCCAUAGAUGGAAAAUAAAUGCAUAAAUUUAUUAAAUAGGGUCUUGAUGUAAAUAUAUACAUAAAAACUAUCGCUGUUAUAGAAAUAUAGUAUGUCGCGAACAUGCGCGUAUCCAACUAAAUAAUCUCCGUCUUACUAAAAUAGAAAUGUUCCGUUUUCUUAUCAUUUAAGUUUGAGGAUUGUAAUUUAAAGGCAGAUAAACAAUUAAUAAUUUUUUAUUAAAUGUUUUUAAAUGUAUUUGUAUUUAAAAAAUCAAAUUUAUUCUGUCGUUCAAAAUAUUUUGUCUUUAUUAUAAUUAUGUGAGUUUUAAAUUCCAUAAUAUUAAGUUUUUAUUUCACUGUAAAAUAAAUGGAGAAAAGAUAUGUGAAUAACAUUAGCAUAUGCGGAAGUACGCGUAAUUGUUAAAAUAGAAAUAUUCUUUUAUUUUUACCUUAGAUUGACGAUUGUUAUUAAUAAAUAGAUUUAAAAUAAGCAAGUUACCUCUUAAAUUUAUUAAUAUUUUUAAAUAUAGUCUUAAUUAAAAAUUUAUUCUUAUAUAAUUGUUCAUUUUUUUCGCAUUUAUUAUUAUAAUUACGUAAGUAUUAGAUUACGGAAUGCUAAAGUUUAAUUUCAGUAUAAAAUAUUAAAGCUAAACAUUUGAGUAUCAUGAUCAUAAUGCGAAAGUUCCGGUAAUUAUCAAAAUCCAUAUAUUUUUAUUUUUAUUUUAGUUCGAAUAUUGUUAUUCGAAGAUAUGAUAAUUGAAUUACCUUAUUUUUCUAUAAGUAUUUUAUGACAAAGCCGUUUUAAAAAUGUAAACUUAUAUUAUAGUUCAUGAUGCUUUGUAUCAUUAUUAUAUUCAUACGAGUGUUAAACAUCGAAAUAUUAUUUUGAUUUUAUUACUUUUAAAAAAAAUCAAUGAUAUGUGAAUAGCAUAUCGCGGAAGUACGCGUACUAAUUGACAAAUAUUUUAAAUCAAGUGUUCAAAAAUUAUUUUGUGCCUUAAUUUUUAAAUUAUUGAUUGAAAAGCUCAACGAGUUAAUUUCUUUAUUAAAUUGCAUGUAAAAGAUGGAUAAAUACAGUUUAAAUAGAUUAACGUGAUUUUACGCGUUUAGAACAGCAGAAAAGAUGUUUAUGAAAAUAUUCGAUAUAUUUCUGUAAUAAUUGUACAUAAAUUUUAAAUAUAUACAUAGUUGAAACAAGUCUAUUUUUCUCUUUACAAUAGUUAGUCGAAAAUCGUAAUAUUAUGUAGUGACGUAAUAAAUAGACAUUUCUACUUAUCUACAUUAUUAAUCAUCACCUAGUAUAACAGUAUUUUAAAUUUAAAUUCAUUUAAAAUUUAGUUUUCAAAAUAAUUGCCUAAACUGAUUGUUUAUUUAAGUAAUUAAAAUUCAAAACAUCGAUACUUCAAAACUUUAGUUUAUUCGCAUUUUUUUUAAUUUUGUUGCAAAAUAUAAGGUCACGUUUAUCGCUAUUAAAUCGUUAAUAUUGAUUUGACUCAAAGAGAUUAAUAAUAUUAGAUACAUGUAUUUCAAAGAUUAGAAAGUAUGAAAAUUAAUUAAAAAGAUUUUCAUUAAUACUUAUACUAAAUUUGUUUAAAAUCCUUAAUAUUUUUUUCAUACUUUCAUUUUUCAAUGAACAUUCAAUUUUAAUUGAGUUAUACUUGAUUAUAAUUCACCUAAAUAGUUAGUUAAUAGGGCAAAUAACAGGAAAAAUUAUUCUUUACUAUAAACCUGAGCAAAAUAAAUUAAUAAACUAUUUCACUUUAAAGUCUUAUAUAAUUACAUGCUAUGUAAUACUACUAUGCAAUGUAUUAUUUAUAUUUUUCAUAUCUGAUAUGUUUUCUUAUGAUGGUUGUCCGUUCCUUGUAUCGAAAAUUAGAUAGUUCUAGCACUGUUAUGUGUGCAAAAGUGUAAUAAAGAUAUUGUCUUGAUAAAUGACAAAUAAGCCCUUACAUAUUCCGUCCAAACAAAAUACAAAUAAAUACUGUUUUUUGUUA